CAGUGACAAAAGAAUACAGCAAAUUCAAGGAAACAAGACACCGCUGCGAUACAGAAAACUGCUCUUUGGAAGUCAACUCCCUAACAACUCCCUAAGGUUCAAGCACGAUGAGCCGCAUUAUUCUCAGAAGCAAAGCAAAAGGCUCUGACAUCUGUGCAAUCAACAAAUGCUAUUAUAUAAUCCGCUCUGACCUCGGUUGCUAUAUGAAAACAAAUGAUUUAAAUAAAGGUGCAGAUAUCUCUAUUUUCAGUCUGCACCCUGCCUGCCAAAAUGGAGACCAUUACAUUGGUGGAGAUAGCUACUUUCACAUCAUCAAUGGCAAUUCCUGCCGCAGAGUCACAAACCUGACGACAGACGGCAAGGCUGUAGUUUACAGCCUUCAUCCCAACUGUCAGGGUGGAGACCACUACUUUGCAGCGCAUGUCUAUUUCUACAUCAUUUUCAGAGAAAAAGGCAUUUAUCGAAGAGCUACAAACAUGACAAAAGACACAGAUGCUGAAGUACACCCCCUGCAUCCCAACAUCAGAGCAGGUCUGAAUUACUGGGGCCCACCAAACUCCAAGCAAAUGGCUUCUCCCUCUUUAAGCCUGCCUCAGAGUGGUGUUGAGUUCUGCACUGGUCCUGAUCUCAGCACAGAAGAGCAAACUACUGUCUUUUCUGUUCAUCCUGAUGUUCUUAACUUCCUUCCUGGUGGGCUAUCUGUAACUAAAGGCCCAGCCACUGGCAUGUGGGAGAAUAUUAAAACCAUAACUAAUGACAGCAGUACACCGGUGACAUGGCAAAAAAAGAUCACUAAAAAGGUUGGAUACAAUAAAGAGAAGAUGGAUCAGAUCACUCACAACAGGAAGAUAGAUGCAUCAGUCUCAAUUGAAUCUGGAGAGCUUGCUAAGUUAAUUGCAAAGUCGCAGCUCUCCUUUUCUGCAGAAUAUGGAGGUUCACAUAUCAACACCGAAAACGAAAGCUGGAAAGAAGCAACUGAAGAGGAGGAGCACUCAUUUAAGUUAAAGCGAUCGAGCUGCCAUUUCUGUGCACAAACUGUGUCUUGGACAAGAGCCAGUUUUGUUUCACAGACGUAA